AUGGCUGCGCACUGACACAUCGUUGGCUGUAUUCCUACCUUUCGAUUCCUGUUCGGUUUAUUGUUGGCAAUUUGUUGUGACUGUAUACACUGAAACAUCGAUUUAUCAAUGAGGAUAUCAUACAACAUAGCCAUUGCUGGAAUACAUUAUCAUUCGACGUGAGUGCGUCUUUGUCGAACUGAUUUCCGAGCUUGCUAGACCAUGGAUUGUUAGCAAGUGCUCAAGUUUAUGAAUUGGCACCUAACCAAGAUUCAUUUGCCAGGGUUAAAUGACUGCAAACGGUCAAUUGAUUCAUUUGAAUCUACUGAAGUGAGGGUUUAGGAGGACUUGUCAGUAACUGUUUCUGAAUAACAGCAAUGGUAAGCGGUGUAAAAUCUCUGCAUUCUGGAGUGAACCCUAUGGUUGUCAACAGAGAGCUGGGCAAGACCAAGAUGAGAUAGCAAGAGCUUGCGAAGGAGAACUCUGCACACUCGCUAAAGUCUCUGCGGGUAAAAGUGCCAGAGUAGCCUACUGAAAUUAACAUAAAGGGUAAGAAAAAGAGCGGUUUAGAAAUGUUCGGGGAUCUUUUUGAGGAGGACGACGAAGGCUUUUCUCCCGUCCCGAGCGGAGGAAAGUUUGUGAAAGGCAAGGAGGCCGAACCCCCUCCACCAAGAGGCAACCUCAAUCUCAGUGGCAUCAAAAACCAAGGAGGAACCUGUUACCUCAACUCCCUCAUACAGACGCUGUUGUUUACGCCAGAGUUCAGAGAGGAGCUCUUCAGACUUGGGCCAGAGGAACUGGGCAGCUUGACUGACAAGGACAAUCCAGAAGCCAAGGUGCGGGUGAUCCCGCUGGAGCUGCAGAGGUUGUUUGCUCAUCUCCUAUUGGUGGACCAGCAGACCGCCUCCACUGCUGACCUCACUGACAGCUUCGGAUGGACCAACAACGAGGAGACUAGUCAGCAUGAUGUGCAGGAGUUGAACCGUAUCCUGUUCAGCGCUCUGGAGAGCUCCCUAGUGGGCACGACAGGAAGUGACCUCAUCCAUCGCCUCUACCAUGGAACACUCGUCAACCAGAUCGUCUGUAAGGAAUGCAACAAUGUCAGCGAGAGACAGGAGGACUUCCUGGACCUGACCGCAUGUGUGCGUGGCAUCUGCAGCCUGGAGGAGGCGCUGUGGAGCAUGUUUGUGGAGGAGGAGCUGUUUGAAGGGAGCAACCUCUACCGAUGCAGUGGCUGCAACCAGCUCGUACAGGCCGCCAAGUCUGCCAAACUCCGAAAGCUGCCUCCGUUCCUCACCAUGUCUCUACUGAGGUUCAACUUUGACUUUGCCAAGUGUGAACGUUAUAAGGAAACGGGACGCUACACCUUCCCCUUCAACAUCGACCUGAGGCCUUUCUCUGAACAGAGGGAGAGUCCAGACAGUGAGUUCCAGUAUGAGCUCUUCUCAGUCAUCAUCCAUAAGGGAGGGUGCUACGGAGGACACUACCACGUCUACAUCAGAGACAUUGACCAGCUGGGACAAUGGGACCCUCCAGAGGAGGAUGUGAAAGAGAAGUCGAAAGCAAAAGCGAAGGAGGGAGAGGGCAAGCCCCCCAAGUCAGACAACGUGCAGAACAGAGAGACACUGCUGGACAAGGAGGAUCCUCUAGCAGUACUCAUAACCAUACUCUCUCAGGAUCUGCAGAAAGGUGUUCUGGUGGACCAGCUUAGCCAGAAGCUGAUGGACAGGAUUGGAACAUCGUGGAACAAGACGUUCCGCAAGCAGUAUGGGCCCCUUGGAAAGUUUCUCCAGAGCCACUCUACUGUCUUCCUCCUGGUGGACAAGGGCGCCCGCGUGGUCCUAAAGUCCGCCUCCUCUACUCCUCCUCCUGCUCCAGCCACGGGGUCAAAGGUCAAGGUCACACAGGAGGAGGCAGAGGUCAAAGAGGUGGUCUCCCAGACAACUGCGGAGGAGGCCAGCAGUCCAGAGGGGGAGGAGGUGCAGAUGGACACCCUCUCGGAUGGGGAGAGGGAUGGGGAGGUGGGGAGAGAGGGAGAGGGAGGGUGUCGCUGGUUUGACCUUAACGACUCCAGCGUGACGUGUAUACGGCAGAGGGACAUCCAGAAACAGUUUGAGGGGAAGGAGAGUGCAUACAUGCUGUUCUACCGCCGCACCAAUCUUACAAGACCGCAAGAGGCUCUAGGGAACCCGGCGUAUGGGGUGCCUUCCCACCUGAUGCAGAUGGUCCAGGAGGAGAACAGCAGACUGCAACAGCGAAGGGAGGAGUUUGAUGCGAGCAGUAACAGUAUUGAGGUACGGCUCCACUUGGCGCCCCACUACGCCUCAGACAUGGGGGCUCUCCGGCCGGUGGGGGACCCCAAAGACGCCGUCAUCGCCGUCACCUUCGACCGACGCAAGACCAUCGGGGACCUCCGACUCGCCAUCUAUCAGAUGCAGGACCUGUGGGAAGGGGACAUGGCCUUAACUGUAGCUCAGAGUCUACCAGCUGGACUACACCUCUACGACACACUCACAGAUGAUCAGCAGUCUCUGUACAGCGCUGGAGUGAGUUCUGGAUGUGACCUGUUUGUCUGGAAUGGGAGAGAGGUGGGGGGCUCAGCAGUGCGUACGGGUGCCGAGUGGGAGCCUCUGCUCCUGACGGUGGUGCGGCCCUCAGAUGAUCUCGAUGACCAGGGGGGGGCCCUUGCUGACAUGCGGGGGGGCCCUCAACACCUCGCCUCUGCCGGCCCUACUGACUCCACUGCCAUGGCUCCUCCGUCCGGCCUGGUGCGCAGCAUGCAGGGUUUCCCCCGCGGGGAGACGCUAGAGGCCCUACGAGAGGCCCUCGGGCCCCCACAGGCACUGCUGUGUCGGGAGGGGGGGUCGGCGUCCGCAGGGUCAGGAGAGGGAGGGGGUGCGAGCGGCUGGAGGGUGUUUCCUCCUCAGGACAUGCACAGGACACUGAAGGAGCUCGCACUGAAGGACGGGGACACACUGCUGCUACUGGAGCCACACACACUGGACAGCAGCAUCUUCAAUCUGAGUGGAGACACGGUUACCGUGACAACGCCAUCUGACUGCCGCUGGCUCCAGGUGGAGUUCAGAGGAGGAGAGGAAGAGGAGGAUGAGGAGGAGAGGAAGAGGAGGGGCAAAGUUCCCGCCUCAGGAAACAUGCUGUUGUCUGAGGUGAGGCGGAAAGCCAUAGAGGAGCUGGAGCUGGAGGAUAAACUCCGAGGUGUGGAGAGCUGCCUGCGACAGGUGGAUCGCACAGGGAACCUGCUGCCCCCAGUUUAUGAUGACGUGACUGUGAGGGAGGCUGGUAUUCGGCUGAUGACCACACUCUUCCUGUGUGUUGGGCCUGCACCCAAAUCCACACAGCUCUUCCUGUCCUUCAGUGUGGGCUCAGCGCCCUCUGCUGCUGUGGAGUGGGACAUCAUUGUGGACCAGACGCUCACCGUCGGAGAGUGUCUGACGAUGAUGCGAAACAAAGCUGGACUGGAAGGAGAUGCCUGGCAUCUAAACAGAAUGCAGUGGGAUGAUGAAGUGGGGGAGGUCUUAAUGGAUGAAAAUGCAACUCUGUCCAUGGCGAGGGUCAACCAUGGAGACAAGCUUGUUCUGUCCACAGGUCUUCUGCCCCCUAAGGGCUUCUUGAAUAUACCGGUGUGGCUCUAUGUGGAUCUGAGGGAAAGUGUCGUUUCCAUGGAGACAGAGGUUAACCACACCCCUGAAGGGGCGGGGCCUGAGAACCAAGAGGUCAUUGCUGUGGGAUGGCUGGGGGCAGAGCUGAGGAGCGUGGGUAAAGUGGAGAUCACUGAAGAGGCUUCACUGGAUGAUCUCAAAUCUCAGGUGAUGACGCUGCCCUCCCUGUCGGAGGGGUGUGUGCCCACUCCGGUGUUUCUGCGCGUGUGGACAAUGGAGGGAAAUAGGCUGGGCAAGAUCCUCAGAGGAGCACAGCACACGCUCAGGAAACUGAAGGUGACCAGUGGAGUUGGAGUGUGUGUGCAGCCACUCCUGAAAGAGGAGGACCUGGGGCCUCGUGAGCUGCUGCUGCGUGUCCAGAUGGGUGUCCCGGGGGAGCGCUGCUACUUCCCCUGGGAGGAGUUUGUGUGGGGCGGCGUGGGGGCCGACGCCUCUCCCAGAGCCCUGCGGGUGGCGCUGUCCUCACACUACAGCCUGUCCCCCGACAGCCUGCUCAUGGCCAAGCGCCUUCCCGACAAACACUCCUGGAUGCCCCUCUCCACAUGGACCCAGCAGGUGUCCAAGAGGAAAAAGAAGAAGAAGAACGACAACCUGCAGGGGGCGCCAUACUACCUGAAGGACGGAGACAUCAUGGGAAUCAAGAACCUGCUGAUUGACAACAAUCGUGAUUUUAGCACUUAUCAGGACGAGCUGGACCAGCAGCGCCUCAAAGAGGAAGCAGAGGCACAGAGGAGAGGGGGCCAGAGUGACAGCGCGGUGGCCAAUCCGGAGGCAGCAUCAGGGAGGAAGGCGGGACACGGGAAGAACCGCAAGCCGGAGGCGGGACUGUCAAUCAACGUGGGAGUGUUCAGAUAGCCCCACCACCACACAAUAAACAUGCACGCCUAUUCA